AUGACAUCAGCCAGAGAAAGAUUGGCAAUGUUGCAUUCACAUAUCAAGGACAAUUCCAAUAUAAGAUUACUGGCUGAGUUUCCAAUGUUAGUUCAAAGUGAAAGGCAGCAAUAUUUGAAUAGUAACUUUCAAUCUGUUCCUGGAAAUGCAAACUCGUCAUAUUUUGCAUCAUCGGUCAUGAGACAAACAAAUAAACCUGUGAUGUCUAUUUCUUCACUAAAAAGUAACAAUCGUGUAUUUCAAUGCAGUUCUCAGCAAGAUAAUAGUGAAAUCAAUGCCUCUAAAUCUAUUUCUUCGACAACAAAGUCAUUCUCAAAUCUGGAAUUUGAUGAAAUUUGUACUAAUGUGGAUAAAAAGUUAAGGCUAUUGCUAGGAAAUAACAGUCCCUGUGACUCUUAUAUACUUUCUGGAAAAGAAAGUUUGGGUUGGGAUUUUUUGGGUUCAAAUAUAGUAAAAUCAUUAGACGAUGAUAUACUAUGCAUUAGUACAGGUUUCUACUCAAAACAAUUUGCUGAACACUUGCAAAAAUACGUGGAGUCUGAAGAAAGAAAAGUUACAGUUCUAGAGGCGAAAAUAGGGCACACUGUUUCCUUAGAAUUAAUCAAGAAUGAAUUAACGAAAAAAAGAUACGGAAUUAUUGUCUUAACUCACACUGAUAAUUCAACAGGAGUGGUGACGAACAUAGAGGAAGUUUCACAGCUAGUAAAACAAAUUUCUCCAAGUACUUUAAUUGUUGUGGAUACUGUAUAUUCAGCAGGAGUUGAAGAAAUACAGGUUGAUAAUUGGGGCAUAGAUUUUACUUUGAGUACAUACCAAAGCUCUAUUUUCACUACUGAAGUCUUAUCAUAUAUUUUACUAUCUUCACGAGCAGUUUUAAAGAUUCCUGAAGUUCUCGUAAAUGAUUCUAGGUCAUCAAAUAAUAACAAAAUACAACUAACGUAUUCAGAGGAAAUUUUUCAACUUCUUACUACAUUGAAUGACUCUCUUCAACGGCUUUUCGGAAUAGAUGAUCAGCAAGAUAUUUCAUUUACUAUAUCGAGUACAUUACAAUCUAAGUUACUAUCCCGUUUUUCGGACUAUAAAUUAGCAGCCAGAAAACUACGUAAGACUUUGGUUAAUGAAGAAAAUGGAAUAACCACAAUCUCAGAAGACUGGUCCAAUUGCAGCAAUGGGAUGACAGUAGUAUACUUCCCCAAAACUAUAGAAUCUUCUGAAUUAUUAAGAACACUAAGCGAAGAAUGUGAUAUUUGUUUAAUCAACGGCACUCAUCCAAGAAUUGCAUCGGAAUAUAUAAGCAUAGAGCAUGCAGGCUUUAGGUUUUCUGGUAAUGAUAUUGAUGUGGACAAGGUAAUUAAAAUCAUCCAGAAAUGUUUGGCCAACUGUAAAUGA